AUAAAUAAAUUCACCAUACAUCUAUCUUACAUAAAACCCUUUGAUAAUAUUCACCUUGCGCUUCUUAUACCAUUUCCUUCAUUUAUUUUCUUUCCUUUUUUGGUGCUGUAAUUGCUGGGGGAGAGAGUCCUGUGAUGGGGGACUCGAGUAUGAUAGAAGGCUCCGUCGAAGCAGCGACGGUGGCCGGAAUCCAUGAAGGAAGUGAAGGUGAAGAAGAUAAAGGUAGGGUUGAUGAAGGUGACCGGAGUUUCGGAGGAAAUCGAUGGCCGAGGCAAGAGACUUUAGCUUUGUUGAAGAUACGUUCCGACAUGGAUUCCGUUUUCCGAGACUCUACUCUCAAAGGUCCAUUGUGGGAAGAGAUUUCUAGGAAACUAGCUGAGCUUGGAUAUAAUCGAAGUGCCAAGAAAUGCAAAGAGAAAUUCGAGAAUGUUUACAAGUACCACAAGAGAACCAAAGAUGGCCGAACAAGCAAGGUGGAUGGCAAGGCCAAGACUUACCGUUUCUUCGAUCAAUUACAAGCCUUUCAAAAUAAUAAUAUUCAAUCACUCCAAUCAUUUUCACCUUCCAAGCCCACGGUGAAUGCACCUCAAACCUGCAACACCACCGUACCAUCGGUGGCGGUUCCUGUACAUUCUACUAAUCCUUGUGUUUUUAACCUCUCGUCGAAUAUUUUCUCGACUUCGACCUCGUCUUCGACCACGUCCAACGACGAUUCGUAUCAGGGAAGCGUCGGGAAGAAGAGGAAAUGGAAGGAGUUUUUCAAGAGGCUGACUAAGGAGGUGAUCGUGAAACAAGAGGAGUUGCAGAACAAUUUCUUGCAGGCCGUUGAGAAGUGCGAGAAGCAAAGGACGGCUCGAGAAGAAGCUUGGAGGGUAAGAGAAAUGACACGGAUCAGUAAAGAACAUGAGAUUUUAGUCCAGGAAAGAUCCGAGGCCGCUGCCAAAGAUGCUGCAGUGCUUGCAUUCUUGCAAAAGAUAUCGGCACAGCAAGUACCGAAUACGGUGCAAGUGCAAUCUCAACCGCAACAAGAGAAUCCUCCAUCCGAACCACCUCCUCCGACGGCGCCGAUAUCAACACCAUUGCUGCCGCCUCCAUUGCAGCAGCCGAAACCACAAGCCUUAAAUUUCGAUUAUGGUGUGAAUGAUAAUAACAAUAAUGUGGUUCCAGUUUCACUCUCACCAAGUCCUUCACGAUGGCCGAAAACUGAAAUCAAGGCUCUUAUAAAGCUUAGAACCAAUCUGGACGUUAAGUAUCAAGAAAACGGGCCAAAGGGUCCUCUGUGGGAGGUUAUCUCAUCCGCCAUGAGAAAUAUGGGUUAUAAUCGGAGCGCAAAGAGAUGCAAAGAGAAAUGGGAAAACAUCAACAAAUACUACAAGAAAGUCAAAGAAAACAACAAGACGAGGCCGGAAGAUUCCAAGACGUGCCCAUAUUUCCACCAGCUGGAUGCACUUUACAAAGAGAAGAUAGCUAAGCCAGACAGCAGCAUGAUGGCACCACUAAUGGUACGACCGGAACAGCAAUGGCCGCCGCAGCAAGAAUUUAACCGCCAGGCGGUGGCGGUGGCGGCUGCGUUGAUGGAAGAAGAAGCUGACAAGGAAACCCUGGAUCAGAUUCAAGAUGACGAAGACGACGGGGAUUCCGAGGAUGAAUACGAAGGGAAUGAUUUCGAGUUGGUAGCGAAAACUGCUCGAAUAGGCAGUGGCGGCGAGCGAGAGACAACAAAGGAAACUUAUAAUCAAAGAUGACAUCAACUGGAUGCAUCAUCACUGACAAAGGUGGUUUUACUAUACUACUACUAUAUUUACUGUGGUAAUAAAUA